GGGGAUGGUGCCGAGCCCCAGAGACCACACUGGGAGCCCAGGAACUGGCAACAGCAGCUGGAGCGCAUCCGGGAAAUGAGGAAGAAGAGAGAUGCUCCCGUCGAUGAGAUGGGAGUGGAGAAGUGUUACGACAGCAGCGCACCUCCGCAGGUUAUGCGCUACCAAGUCCUGCUGUCGCUGAUGCUCUCCAGCCAGACCAAGGACCAGGUGACGUCAGCUGCCAUGCUGCGCCUGAGGCAGCGCGGCCUCACGGUCGACAGUGUCCUGCAGAUGGAUGAUGUGACGCUUGGGCAGAUCAUUUACCCCGUGGGAUUCUGGAGGAACAAGGUGAAAUACAUAAAGCAGACGACAGCCAUCCUGAAGCAGAAAUAUGGGGGUGACAUCCCAAGAACUGUGGAGGAGCUGGUGCAGCUGCCAGGAGUCGGGCCCAAAAUGGCCCACUUGGCCAUGAACAUUGCCUGGGACAGUGUGUCUGGGAUAGCUGUGGACACCCACGUGCACAGGAUCACAAACAGGCUGAAGUGGGUGAAGAAGGAGACCAGACACCCCGAGGAAACUCGGGUAGCGCUGGAGGACUGGCUGCCCAGGGACCUCUGGAGGGAGAUAAACUGGCUCUUGGUGGGCUUUGGCCAGCAGACCUGCCUGCCUGUGAACCCUCGCUGCAACGAGUGCCUCAAUCAAGACAUUUGCCCAGCUGCUAAGAGACGCUGAGGGAAUCAUCCGGUCUCCACAGAGCAACAAAUCUGCUUCGGCUCAGCGGCAGCCCAGAGCUGAGCCCUAGGAAAGCUCUGCUUUGCACGGGGCUGGCAGUGUGACUGCAGGGAAACGGGAGGCUGCUGCAGCCAGCUCAGCAUCUCGGGAGGGAGCAGGCGCUCGCCUGAGCUCUCUCCAGAGGAAAAAGGGUCUUUCAAAGCGCAGCGGUCCUGCUGCGUCGGUGCCGAAGGCUCCGGCCCCCGUGCGAAUGCCUGAGCGUGCC